CAUAUUUUUAUUACAACCGAACGUAGGCUUCUUAGGCAACCGCUAGAAGAAGGCGAAACAACAAAAGGCCAAAUUAGUAACAAAGUUUACCGGAUAAUUGGAUCGCCGGAGCGCCGGUGCCUUCGUUAUUGGCUACAUGGCGGCGUUAAAAUUGUUCAUACUGUCCAUAUUUCUAUCCGUAGUCCUCACGCACAUCAAAGCCGAUGCUGAUGAUGAUGUCCAAUUACUCAAAUCGGACGGAUAUGAUUCCGUCCUGCUAGAACAGCUCAGGAACAAGAUCGGUGCUCUUGAGGCUCGUUUUGAGGAGAAAACUCAAGAAGUGAAAGACAAGGAUGAGGUGAUUGCUGCAAAGGAGAAGACAAUUAAAGAAAAAUCAGACAGCAUUGUGUCAUUGCUCAGUGAAAUCACAUCUCUACAAGGAAAGGGAAGAUCAAAUGCGGAGGAGCGGGUGGGGAGGGCACAUUCACAAGCUGGUGAAUUAGAAAAGCAAGUGGAGAAACUCAAAAUAGAAAUUGAAACUAAAAAUAAGGAGAAGGAAGUGUUGAAAGCCCGAGCAACUGAUGCCGAAAGGAAGGCAUUUGAAUUGAAUUCUAAAGUUGAGAAUCUUCAAAAGAUUAUCGAUGAAGAGAAGACCAAGUUGCGUAAAACUGAACGAGCAUUAAAAAUUUCUGAGGAGGAAUUGAUGAAGGCAAAGUUUGAAACAACGUCCAAAACUAAGGAGUUGAUGGAGGCUCAUGGCGCAUGGCUUCCACCUUGGUUUGCAGCUCAUUUGAUUCAUUACCAGUCACUUCUGGAGAAUAACUGGAAAAUGCAUGUAAAGCCUGCUCUGGAUGUGGCACUGCAAAAGGGUGCUGAGAAGAAGGCCCAAGUUGAAGAGUGGACUGCACUGCAUGCUGAAACAUUGAAAACAAGAUGGAUCCCGGUCAUAAAAGAGCGGUGGGUAGUUAUAACCACCAAGGCUGAACCACAUGUGAAAAUGCUAAACACAAAAACUCUUGAGAUAUAUAAGGUUUCGAAGAACACCAUAGCUCCACAUAUCGUCAAAGUUCAGGAACUUGCUGAUCCUUAUUUUCAGGAAUUAGUGAAAGUAAGCAGACCAUAUAUUGAUCAAGUUGCCACUGCAACUAGACCUCAUGUUGAUAAAAUACAUACUACUUUAAAGCCAUAUAUGCAGGAGGUAGUUCAUACUUCUGGAAAAUUCUUAGAAUCGGCAACUACAUACCAUCAUAAGUUCUUUAGGUGCUCCAUGUUACUUGAAUAUUGAAAUUUGACUUGGGUCAACACUUAGUACCACUGUACUUUUCCCUCACUCACUAACUUGGACACUCACUGGACACCACCAAAAUCCAAAUGCUGAAGAAUGAGUUUUGAAUGUGUGUUUGGUGGCCCAAUCGAAAACCACCUCAAUAAGUUUUUCUUUUGUACAAUUCUAGAUUAGCUCAAUAAACUAAUGGAUGAAUGAUUCUCAGUUUGUGGUGUCUGUCUUUUUUUUUUUUUUUUCUGGGUUGUAGCCCCUUGGGUCAUCAUUACUGAAUUUUCUUCUGGUUUUAAAGAAAUUAUUAUUCCAUCCAUACCUGAAAUUCCAUCAUCAGAUUAACACCACCAUCAUAGCCAAAUCAGAUUAACACCACCAUCAUAGCCAAAAUCCCCAAAACCUAGUCUUGGUAACUAAAAACAGUUAAACACCACUACAGGACUCUAAACUCCAAAAACCACCAUGGUAGAAUAAUUCAACUGAAACAUAACAACACCUCAACUGGUGAAAUAUAUGGGAAACUGGCAUGGUUUGACUAGUUAAGAGAGUCAGAGGUUGCAAUAUCUGUG